CCGAUUGGUCUUGUUACACUAUACGACUUCACCAUGGCCUCGUCUUCAGCUGCCGGAAAGCUCUCUCGCGAGGAGUAUCGUCGCCAGAAGGACCUCGAUGCCGCCCGUAAGGCCGGAACAGCCCCCGCCGCUCUUGACGAGGAGGGCAGGCCUAUUAACCCUCAUAUUCCUCAGUACAUCUCCCAGGCUCCAUGGUACCUCGACACAGGUGCCCCCUCGCUCAGCCAUCAACGCCGUCCGACAGACGACCGCUCCACCGACAGACUCGACAACUGGUACGACCGCGGUGCAAAGGCUGGGCCCGCCGCUAAAAAGUAUCGCAAGGGCGCGUGCGAAAACUGUGGCGCCAUGACCCACAAGAAGCAAGACUGUCUCGAACGUCCUCGCAGGAAGGGCGCCAAGUUCACCAACAAGGACAUCCAGGCAGACGAAAUUAUUCAGGAUACUACCGCUGGCUAUGCUGCAAAGCGCGAUCGGUGGAAUGGCUACGAUCCGGCGGAGCAUAAGCGUGUGUACGAUGAGUACGAGGCUAUGGAGGCUGCGAGGCAGAAGUUGCGUGAGGAGGAAAUCGACAACCAAACGACGACCGACCUCGCCGCGGCACGCAAGCUUGCCAAGGCGGGAAAAGGGGAGGGGAAAACGACCGAUCCUGACUUCGGCUCGAGUGACGAGGAAGACGACGACGACGAAAAGUAUGCUGACGCCGCUGACGCCGUUGGACAAAAACUCGACACGAAGACCCGUAUCACUGUCCGGAACUUGCGCAUCCGUGAAGAUACUGCCAAAUAUCUAAUGAACUUGGACCCCGACAGUGCAUACUACGAUCCAAAGACGCGUUCCAUGCGUGACGCUCCCAUUCUGAACGUUCCUCCAGAAGAGGCUAAAUUUGCGGGUGACAAUUUCUACCGCUUUUCCGGCGAAGCUCCAGAAGUCCAGAAGCUCCAGUUGUUCGCUUGGAAUGCUGCUUCUGAAGGAAAUGACGUGCACCUGAAUGCCAAUCCCACCCAGGGACAACUUCUGCAUGCCGACUAUCAGGAGACGAAGGAGAAGAUGAAGGAUAUCUCCAAAGUCAGCAUUCUUGCAAAGUACGGUGGCGAGCAGUACUUGGAGAAGGCGCCCAAGGAGCUACUUCAGGGCCAGACAGAGAACUACGUUGAGUAUUCUCGGACGGGCCACGUUAUCAAAGGGAAGGAGCGAGCGAAGGCACGGUCAAAGUACCCAGAAGAUGUAGUGUACAUCAACAACCACACCGAUGUCUGGGGUUCAUACUAUGACAUCGCUUCGGGCACCUGGGGAUAUGCUUGCUGCCACUCGACCCUGCACAUUUCUUACUGUGCUGGCGAGGCUGGCAAGGAAGCUACAUAUGCAUCAUCCGCACAACACCUGCUCGCGUCCGCACCCGAACCUUCGGCACAGCUAACGCAGUCAAAAGAGGAGCCGAAAUCUGAGGAAAAGAUGGAACGGAUUGAGCAGAACUACUCAAAGAAGCGGAUAGGUGAAGGCGAUGUCCAGCUGGACAGGGAACGGCUGGCGGAGGCGAUCAAUGAGGAGAAGAAGCGGAAGGCCAAGGGAGGCGGAGACGACGAUCGGUCCUCGAAGAAGAAGAAGGGACUCGAGAGCGGAUCGCACGAUGUGACGGAGGAGGAGCUGGAGGCGUACCGAAUGAAUCGCCGAAACACGGAGGAUCCUAUGGCAAAUUAUGUGGACACUGAGGACUAUUAGAACGCUUGUACAUAAUCAUAUUAAUGCUGCUAUCACU